UCCAGACUAACACUCACCUCUAUUACAGCCACUGUUUGCCAUCACACAGCACUGAUGCUGGUAUUUCAUACCACAUAAUAGGAAAGCCUCAAGUACUGUGCACUGACACACAGGUAUUUUCAGUAACUGGCUGAUUAGAGCAAUUUUUGGGUUCAAGUUGGACCGGGCUCUGGGAGGAGUUUGCUGAUGUCAUCAAACGCCAGGUGUCCUGCUCAAAUAGGUGCAAGAAAACUAAGCAGGAGAGGGAGAUGUCAAUCAUUCUUACAGGCCCACCCCCCUGAGGGGGGGGGGGGGGUGCAGUCAGCCAAACAGGCUAGAAAUCCUGUGAGUUUACUGUGGGAAUCCCUUUUUUCUUUUUCUUAAUGCAGAGCUGUUCAGAACACAGUAUACUCAGUAUACAGUACAAAUACAUGACAAAAGAAAAAAUAUAAAUACUGGAUCAGGGCUUGGUAUUGGCAGAUUUUUAUUAUUAACUUGCUCUGAUCGGAAAUGUUCGGGACCUCCCUAUACCACAAAGCAUGCAAGAUAAAUUAACUAAUCAGCUCUGCAUGCAAGACUAAAUUUCCAAAGUGUGCUGUCGUCUACACAGUCGAUUUUGUGGAAGUAAAUAAGCAUAUCAUUUGGUUAUUAAUUAUAAGCGCACAAGCUGCCUUUGGAUUUUACUUGCUUCAUGUGCCAAAGCAUCAUAGUAUUUUAGACUGCAUUUGUGUUCCCAAAUUUCCACUAACAUACAAGCUAAAAAGUAGUGUUAUAAGUCUGCUUGAUGUUGCAGUAAAAAUGCAUAUUUUUUAAUUGACCCUCUCCACACAUGACUCUGACAGAGUUGAGUGAAUCUCACGUUUAACAGUGGUGUUUCUUUUGUUGUUGUGUUUUACAGUUCUUUUUCCUGGUUCAGCCAGCCCCCUAUAUACCAGGCCCUGCUGAAAAUGCCACCAACAGUUUUGUCUUCUGCAGCCUUAUCCUGUUCUCAAGUGUCCUUUCUGUUGUGUGUGUGCGCGUGUGUGUGAGCGUGUCUCUCUCUCCCCCCCUCUCUCUCUCCCCUCAUGUUUUUAAAAACCAUGUAAAAAUGUCAGUUUAAAAAUAGCCCGUUUUCAGAUUGCACAACCAUGGAUGAUCAUCUCCUUUAAGAUUUUGCUGUUUGGUUUUUCUUCAGCUUUGGGCACAUUUUCCAUGAUUUUUGCUGGCACAAGCCCAUAACUGUUUAGUACAGAUUAUCUUGGACAUUGUGUAUUUGUACUCUGACAUACUGUUGGCUAACACCAGUUCUGAAGCUUAGUAGUAUGAGUAUUUUAUCAUGUUGCAAAUCAGCCUUUUUGUCUUUGUUAUUCUGCUGGUAUUGUACAAAGUAAGCACAAUCAAAUCCCAGAAAAGGUAAAAUGACUGAACCUUUUCUGUGUUUUUUUUGUAUUGGUAGUGGUAAGUCAUGUUGAAAUGUACCCUUGUGUCUACACCCAAAUCAUGAACUUUGUUUUCUGUAUCUCAAUGUUCUUGUGUACUUUAUAGCGAAGCAGCCGGCGCGAGUCGCUUGUUCAUAAAACCUCUAAUGAAACUUGAGAGCACAUCCCACGGGACAACUGGCUGUGCUUGCUAACGUUUGGUUCAUGACUUAAAAAACAAGUACAGGAGUCAUUCCUGAUGAAUCUAAAGCUAUGUCUCUGCUGGCUCCAGCCAAUGCCGUGGCAGGAAUGAUGCCUGGUGGAGGCCUUCUCCCAACACCCAAUCCUCUGGCAUCAAUGGGCGGGACACCAUUUGGAGGUCUGGGAGCUCCCAGCAUGGAGCAAAUGGCUGCCAUGGGAAUGCAGGGAGCAAACAUGAACCCCCAGGCUCUUUCUGCAGAUUUUCUGAAGCUCAUGCAGUCCAUGGACCCCAAAUUGAAUUCAUUAGCAGCCGGACUGAACUUGAACUCGGGGAUGAAGAAUGACGCCUCCAACAAGGAGAUUGAAGAGGCUAUGAAGAGAGUCCGAGAAGCUCAGUCUCUCAUCUCUGCAGCCAUCGAACCUGGAAAUAAGAAAGAUGACAAGCGUAAACAUUCCCGCUCCCGUUCACGCUCUCGGCGCAGGCGGACCAGAUCUCGCUCAAGACACAGACGUUCGAAGAGCAGGUCUCGGCGAAGGUCCCAUUCUCGUAGUAGGAGGAGGACCAAGAGCCCCCGAAGGAGGAGGUCCCACUCCCGGGAGAGGAACCGCCGCAGCAGGUCCAGGGACAGGAGAAAGGAGGAGAAGUCUAAGAAAAGGUCCAAAACGCCUCCUAAGAGCUACAGCAGCGCCAGGAGAUCUCGAAGCAUCAGCCGGAGACAUAGGCGAAGCCGCAGUGCGACUCGCUCGCCCAAGAGGAAGGUGUCCCGGUCUCCGUCCCCCAGACGCCAUAAGAAAGAGAAGAAGAAGGACAAGGAGCGCGAGAAGGAGCGGGACAGAGACAGGAAAGAGGACAGGGACCGCAUAAGAGACGAAAGGGAACGUUCCACCAGUAAAAAGAAGAAGAGCAAAGACAAGGAACGAGAACGAGACCGAGAACGCAAGUCAGAGAGCGAGAAAGGAGACGUCAAGGUGACCCGGGAUUAUGACGAGGAGGAACAAGGUUACGACAGCGGAAAGGAAGUUGAGGAUGAUGACGACGAGAGGAAGAGCGACUCCGACUCGGCCUCAUCUCCCAAAGGCCAAGAGGAGGUGGAGAGUUCCGAGGGUCAAAUUCCCAAAAAGUCCAAACAGAACGGAGACGAUCACCAUCAGGAAGACAUGGAGAUGAGUGAUUAACCCCCCCCCCCCCCGAGAAGACCAUGGCAACGUUCUCUUCCCACUGUCCUUUUUAUAUUUUUAAUAUCGGCCACAACAUGUCUGUGCCUGAUCACAAGGUUAAAAAAGAUUUGUUGUCUUAACUGUAGACGCCUUGGGGGAGGGAGGGGUGUGUAGAGGAAAACAGUCCAUUCAUUUUUGUAAAGACGUUAGAAAACGAGGACUAAAUCAUGAAUAACACAAGACCUGUUUUUAAAUUGUCUUCAUGUACUUUUUUAAGAUCCUGUUUAUUUUUGCUUUGAGUUCAGAUGUUGUCUUCCUGACGGUAGAAUACGCAGCGUUUCCCUCUGAUCGGCUGCAUUUGUAAAUAUUUUACUGGUCAGGACUGAAUCUUUCCCUCAGACUGUUAGUGACGCAGCACCAGCUUCCUGUUUCUUUUAUUUUCCUCUUUGGUUGUGGAACCAUUUUUGCUUCAACUGUUAUGCACCCAGUGGUUGUUCAGCUGACCUUCCUAUUUACAGCGCUUUGUAAUUGUACACUGUAGACUGAAUAUGUUGCAAUGAAAUAGUUUGUCUGCAAUAGGUUUUCCAAAGGAAACAAAUAAAAUCGGAUCCGACUGUC